CGCACUGGUUCGCCUUCCCACCAAUCUCGACCCUCGACGCGUUCCGUUCGUGCGUGCAGCAAUCCGGACCCGAGGAGAGGCAGCGCGGUGGGCAGGGGCUGCGGCACGCCGAGUAGUGGGCCAGCGACGGCGUGGAUGGCGGACUCGCAGCUGUUCUGCGUGGCCGAGGAGCGCAGCGGCCACUGCGCGGUGGUGGACGGAAACUUCCUCUACGUGUGGGGGGGCUACGUGUCAAUUGAAGACAAUGAAGUAUAUUUGCCUAAUGAUGAAAUUUGGACCUAUGAUAUUGAUAGUGGGUUAUGGAGAAUGCAUCUAAUGGAAGGAGAACUCCCUACCUCCAUGUCAGGAAGCUGUGGUGCUUGCAUUAAUGGGAAGCUAUACRUUUUUGGAGGAUAUGAUGACAAAGGAUACAGCAAUCGACUUUAUUUUGUCAAUUUGCGAACAAGAGAUGGCACCUAUGUUUGGAAAAAAAUCACCAACUUUGAAGGACAGCCACCCACACCUCGUGAUAAACUUUCCUGUUGGGUGUAUAAAGACAGAUUAAUAUAUUUUGGUGGUUAUGGGUGCAGGAGACACAAUGAACUUCAAGACUGUUUUGAUGUUCAUGAUGCAUCUUGGGAAGAACAAAUAUUCUGGGGAUGGCAUAAUGAUGUCCAUGUAUUUGAUACAAAAACACAGACUUGGUUUCAACCAGAAAUUAAAGGUGGAGUUCCACCACAGCCACGAGCCGCGCAUACGUGUGCAGUUCUUGGAAAUAAGGGUUAUAUCUUUGGCGGACGUGUUUUGCAAACUAGGAUGAAUGACUUGCACUAUCUAAACUUAGACACCUGGACUUGGUCUGGAAGGAUUUCUAUUAAUGGAGAAAGUCCAAAACAUCGGUCCUGGCAUACUUUAACACCAAUAGCUGAUGACAAACUUUUCCUAUUUGGAGGACUAAGUGCAGAUAAUAUUCCAUUAAGUGAUGGUUGGAUUCAUAAUACAAUAACAAAUUGUUGGAAACAACUUAUACAUUUACCUAACACAAGACCCAGGUUAUGGCACACAGCCUGUUUGGGAAAAGAAAAUGAAAUAAUGGUGUUUGGUGGGAGCAAAGAUGAUUUACUUUCCUUGGAUACAGGUCACUGUAAUGAUUUAUUGAUCUUUCAAACACAGCCUUAUUCACUACUCAGGUCAUGCCUAGACUGCAUUGGUAAAAAUGCUAUUAUUUUAAAAAGCCAAAUAUCUCUAUUACCUCCUAAACUUCUCCAACAAGUACUCAAAAAAAUCACAUUUUGGACUGCUGCCAAUCACCGAGAAGAACAAAGAGCCCAAAAAGAUGAAACAGAAAAUAAGUAUCAGUGGAUCAGUAGCAAUUGAAUUGUUAUAUACUCUAUAUAUCUAAUACACUUAAACAUAACAUUUCAAUCAGAGUAUACAUUUACCCCCCCAUAGCAGGCUUUAUUUAAAGGAUAAAAUAUGAAACAAAAUGCUGUGUUAAAGUUAUUAUAUAGCAUGGAAUAUACAGAAAUGAGAUAUAAAUACAGAUUAUAUUUGUAAACCAGUGUCCUUAUAAUCUACAGAACAAGUAUGCUUUCUGAAAGUAAGUACAGUUAUAACAGAUAUUAAAUCAAUGUGUACUCUUUACUAGAAAGAUUAUGCAAAUUUGAGAAGAAAAAUUACCCUAAGGACUUCAGAAAUCCCCUAACAUAAUUGUAGAUAUGUGUAUAAACAUUACAUACCAACUUUCAGAAAGAUAAAUUCUCUCAAGUUGCUUUAAAAUUACCUGUCUCCUAUAAUAGUUAUUUAAAAACUUCUCCUUAAAUAACUAAUACAGCUGGUCAAAAAGCAUAAAAUAGGCAGAUACCAGUAAUGUAUUAACUCCAGCCCUUCUGGCACUUACUUAGUAAAGUGUUCUUAGGCAACAUUGUAACUUUUCUUCACCCUUUGGGUGGAUAAAUACAUGUCCUCAAUUCUGACUCCAAUUAAGUUAUUUAGUUUGUCCAGUUAUACACACACACACACACACACACACACACACACAUACACAUAUGAGGCCAAGUUUUAAUGUAUAUAAAGUGAAGGUUUAUUUUAUCAUACAGGCUUUGGAAUAUUGAGAUGUGGUAAUUUAUUAACUUUUGAGACAUGUUGAAAUACAUUUUGCCUUGGAAAAAUAAUUUUUGUAAGCAAUAAAAUGGGGUGGUAAUAUAGCAAUUUGACUAUGAAAAGCCCACAGUUUGACUCAGUCUGCUCCAUAGAGUUGAUGCUUAAAACAUCAGGAUGUUCAAAAUCCUUUGAAUCCUUUUAAAAUAAAAGUAUUUACCAUCUAUCGAGAAAUGGAACCCUGUAUCUUUGAAUUACUCAAAUAGUACUUUUGCCAUAAUUGAGAUAUUUUUCUUCAUAUUAUCACAGUCAUGCCCUUCCAUUAUUAGGUAUAAUUAACUGCUACAAAGCUUUGUAUAUAAAACUAUUCUCCACACUAUCACCUUACAAGUUGUUUUUGAAGUUUAAAAUGUCAGAAAAAUAUAUUUCUACAUUGAAAUAUGUAAUUUAUAGUGAAAAUUAUAGUUUGUAG